GACAGUCAACCGCAGCGUGCCAAGCGAGUCGAUCAGCCCAGCCUCCACAAGGCUCCCCGCAUGAUGUUUUGUCAGGCUUUCUCAGUGACUUUAUCUACCUGCCUACUCGGCGAACAAGUGUAAUGGUAUUUUUGUGUUGUGGAAACCUACAUGAUCAGCUGGAAGACUCUGGCAACUCACAGCUCCUCGGGUGCAACUUGUGUAUCUCAAUCUCAGAACUCCUCAUCGCACCCAGCCUCUUACCACAUCACGUAUCGCGAGUGCAGACCGGUCAGAUGAGUUAACGAUGUCUACCGAGCAGAUAUACAACCCUCAAUUUAGUGGGAAAUCUCCCCAGGUCCAUGUCCAAUCACCCUCAUCAGUCCCAAGCAAGAAAGUAAAAUGGACUUCACAAUGCGACUUCAUCACCCUGGCUGCAGGUUUGGUGGCCCUCCUAGUCGGCGUAAUCGGGCUCGUAGACGGCAUAUUCGAAAACGCAUAUCUGAACGGCAAAAACAUUAGCACGAGUUGGAGACCGUUCCAUGACAACGACACGCCUGAGAUCGUGCCCCUUAUCGUAUUCGGUAUUGCUACUGCUGUAGCCUGGACUUCGAGCCUCAGAGCAAUCUUUCGUGUGGCGUCUCUGGAGAGCAAUUCUUUCUUGGCUAGAGGCGUCAGACAAAGUGAUUUGAGCUUUAUGCUGGAGAUGAGAUUACCGAGUUGGAGGUGGUUGAUGUGGCGGUGCAGGAUGUGGAAGACGUCUUUAUUCGCCUUGUUCUGCGUCCUGUCUUACGUAGUCGUUGCACUGAUGUACAGACUAGCCUUCAGAACUACGUUUGAAACUCUGCACUACACAAUAGAUGAACCCGGUACAGCAUUAAUCGGAUGUCCACAACUUGGCUUCGUAGGGAUGUUCGCGAGCUUGAUGGCGGGAAAAGCAAAAGCCUAUUCAACAUUCGUGUCCUCAGCCCCGGAAUUCCGGGACGCCAGCUCCCCAACUUCGAAUUCUGGCUGGAAUGUACAGCUCGGAUGGCAUGGGUCUACAGCAGCUGCAUUCGACAUCGGUCCCUCGUACGGCUAUUUCUCUGGUCCUCAUUUCGUCGGUCUGGCUCAGCCUGUACGUGGCCCGGACACAGACUCCUCAGAAUCCAACGUCACAGUAGCAAAUCAUCCAGAAUGCGGUCCUAUGCUUCAGGUCAAAGCAUUUAGAGGUUCCAGCGCGAUCGAGGAACGGGCAUUUUGGGUCGGUCUCGGCGCAGGACAAUACAACGUCACGUUCUCAUCGCAGCAAAGCUACCAAGCUACCAACUACUCACUCGUUUCCGGGAUAUUCCAGCCGUCUUCUGGAUCGUGUCCUUUGGCUCUUGAUCGGAGCAUCUACGAGAAUGUCGCUGGAGACUUGGCACAAGAAGUUGGUGCCUACACUCUAGACAGCACCACUUUCUACAAUGCGGACGGAGUCCAAGCCAAUAAGACAGUCUUUGCUCUGCUUUUAGCGAGAAUGCAUGCCAAUCUGACCGCAAUCAACGAUAAACGCUCUCUCAUUGAUCUCGGCUUACUCGGAGAGGCCGGUUCGGAUUCUUGUGCUGAGUUUGCGUAUAGUGGUCGGCCGGGCUUGUAUCGAGGGGAAUACUGGGAGCCGCAACACACGGUGACUUUUUUUGCUGUGUAUCAAUUUCUAUCUUCAGGGCUACUUAUGCUUUGGGCGCUGAUGCUGGUGUAUGUGUCGUUACCGUCAGGGAGGUUGGUGGUGAGAGGGUCUUUGGAUCAGUGGAUGUCGUUUGGUGCGGAUUUGGGAGGGGAAGAGAUGUUAGGUGCUAGUUCGGGGCUUAGAGGUUCAGGAACUGGAUCUGUAUGGGCUUUGAAAUCAAUGGAGAUUGUGGACGGGAUUAAUAGGCUUGGUUUUCAUGCUGCUGACGGAGGAGCGUUCGAUCGGAAGAAUUUGAGAGUGAAGGUAGGAGCUAAUUACGCUUGAUCAGGGAGACUUAUGAUAAACUUUCGGCGACUUAAUUGAUAGUGAAUUUUCAAUACUCACUCGAAUGUCUUGAAUUUCAUUCCCUGAAAAUCACUGCACUCGGAACUGGCGAGUCUGAUCCUCAUUUUGCUGCUUGAAAC